UGGAGGCCUUUACAUGCCCUCUGACAUGUCCCAGAGUGCAACGGGGCAAGUGUGGGAAACGGAGAAAGGAAAAUUAGAAGUUGAAAUUUUCCUAAAGCGUUGUUAAAAACAGUCAACAAACAGAUCGCCAGCUUCAACUGGCAUCGAUCGGUGGAUCUAAGGCUCCUUUACACCAGUAACAACAUUUUGAAGUUCUGAUAAACGUUACGUCUGGAAAUGGAUCGUCUUUUGCGUCUUGGUGGAGCCAUUCCUGGAAUGGGCGGGGGCACCCCUCCAAGUGAUGCACCGGCCGUGGACACAGCAGAACAGGUGUACAUCUCAUCACUGGCCCUGCUCAAGAUGCUGAAGCAUGGCCGUGCAGGAGUACCCAUGGAGGUGAUGGGUCUGAUGCUGGGUGAGUUCGUGGACGACUACACGGUCCGCGUCAUCGAUGUCUUCGCCAUGCCACAGUCUGGAACGGGAGUGAGUGUGGAGGCUGUAGACCCAGUGUUCCAGGCUAAGAUGUUGGACAUGUUGAAGCAGACAGGCAGGCCUGAGAUGGUUGUCGGGUGGUACCACUCCCAUCCUGGGUUUGGCUGCUGGUUGUCGGGCGUCGACAUCAACACCCAGCAGAGUUUUGAGGCGCUGUCUGAGAGAGCUGUUGCAGUGGUGGUGGAUCCCAUCCAGAGUGUCAAAGGAAAGGUUGUAAUUGAUGCCUUCCGACUGAUCAACCCCAACAUGAUGGUGCUGGGACAGGAGCCUCGGCAAACCACCUCCAACCUGGGACAUCUCCAGAAACCUUCCAUACAGGCCCUCAUCCAUGGAUUGAACAGACACUACUAUUCCAUCUCUAUCAACUACCGCAAAAACGAGCUGGAGCAAAAGAUGUUGCUGAACUUACACAAGAAGUCUUGGAUGGAGGGUCUGACACUCCAGGAUUACUCUGAACACUGCAGUCUGAAUGAGAAGACUGUUCAGGAGAUGCUGGAACUGGCCAAGAACUACAACAAGGCUGUAGAAGAAGAGGACAAGAUGACUCCAGAACAGCUUGCUAUCAAGAAUGUAGGCAGACUGGACCCCAAGCGCCAUUUGGAGGAGCACGUUGAUGUGCUGAUGACAUCAAAUAUUGUACAGUGUUUAGGAGCCAUGUUAGACACAGUCAUUUUCAAAUAGUUCUCUCCUAGCUUUAGUUUUCAUACAGGGAGAUGGUCAGGGCCCAUCUUACAGGGUUUGUGGCAGCUACAUGUCCCUGUGCCCCUUUACAUUCGUAUUGUUUUUGGUCUGGAAUAAAAAAUUGGAAUAUAUAGCCCCAAAAGGAGGCCAUAUGUUCUACUACAAUGUACUAUUCUAAGGUCUACUGUCAAAAAAAAGGUUAGUACGAGCCAGGGAAAAUCUCGAAAUUCAAAAUUUAUAUCAAACCUUGUUAUGGGGGAUAAUUGCUUCCACUCUAUUAUACGAUUAUGCCUAUUUACUGGUGGCCACUUGAGUAAUGGUUGACAACUUUUAAUAACUGGUUAUAACUUUAUACAACUGGCUACACAUUCAAGACCGGUAAAGUCAUUUCAGACUGUUCAUAUGUACCCAUGAAGUAAGACCUUAUUAACAUUGGACCAUGUAUAUUCUAUACACUAUUCAGUAAAGGACAUCGAUCGCAACAUUGCACACAGUUGUAUGCUUACAACCUCUCUUCAGCCAUCCAUAAAUAGGCUCAUAUUGUUACAUGUACCUUGUAAGUGCACCUGGUCAUCUUAUACUUUUACUAUCUUGCUUAGACUAAAUCAUACUUGACACCAAUUACAUGUACAUGUAUACUUAAUCAGAUAAACUUCUACAAUGUAUGAGAGUUGCUUCAGGAUGAUAGCCACUUGUGAGAAAUAAAGUGAUUCUUUCUACAGACUUAA